CUAUAGUCUAAAUCUGGCACCUUGUAAUAUUUAUAUCAGUCUUAGGUCAAUAUUGGCCAAAUUCUUCGGAACCUCUCCCAUAAAUGGUCAACAGUUUGAAUAAUCAUAACCCAAGGCUGGGGGUAUACAUCUGUCGGCAUAACCGACUGAUACUAUUUUACUUGUAAAACUUUAUUUCUGACCGCAAACCUCAGCUCGCCACCGAAUUUGUGCCACUUGGCCACUGCUUUAAUGUCCAAUUUGACCAAACAAUAACGUAAAAUGUAAUUUCGGCGGAUAACGGCGCAGAUAGCAUACAUAUGUACGCAGCUAAGGACACAGAUACAAUCAGUCCAAUGUUGAUACAACUAUUUAGUUUUGUUGACACCACCUUUAAUUAUUCAUACAGAGGAGCAUGCCAUGUGGCUGUGUACGUUUGCAUUGGCACUCGUAGUACGGAAACAGGAAUAACUUGAUACUGUUUGUUUCAGCGCUUAUUAUAAUUCCCGAUGACAAGCGUAGAUAGAAGGUGUGCUCAAUUUAAUUAAUUUUAUAUCUGGGUAAAUAUUGGAACAAAUAAAAGGAAGAACGGUCACGUGACGUACAACCCUUCGUUAGGCAACACCUAUGUAUGUGCAUAUGUGUGUUUAUACAUUACCAGCACACUCUGGGAAUGCACUUCUGCCCCGACACCCUUGCACCUGUUGAGUUCGAUAGGGCGCAUGCCAUUGUACCAUUUUUAAUGGGAUACUAAUUGGGUGCCAGCGUUUCGCAGUCGGUCAGAACUGAUUAGUUCAUCGGAUGCCAACGACAUGACAACCUCGGCAGAAAUGGCUUCAAGAAAAUUUUACGAAUAUUUGCUCAAAGUGCGUGCCUACUUUCUGGGUAAUUUCAGCAGCUCGGAAUUGGGAUAUGUAGUUUUUCCGUUUUUAAAAAUAUUCAAACUCUUUGGAUUCAUGCCGAUUCGCUUGGAUCAAAGCUACCUGUUCAAUGAGCGCUCAAAAAUGGUAUGGGAUCUAUGGGCGAUACUGUGGUCCUUCCUCGGAAGUGUAAUCUAUGUGGGUGGUUUUGUUAUGGGAGUUUGCCAUAUCGCAUCGUCCAAAGGCAUUGAACGGUUACAUGAAUACAUCGUCAUAGCCUAUUUCACUACAUGGGGCCAACUUCUGUCGCUGUUUAUACUGGGUGGGUUUGGCGUCCUGCAUAAUUGGUUAAAUAUGCAACAGCUACAAUUACUCUUAAGCCGGAUUGCGAGAAUCGAUGAGCAAUUGGACCGGGCGACGGGCCGGGCCGUGAACUACGCCUGCAUGCGGAAAAAGCUCUUGAUGCAGUUUGUUGUGGUGUUCGUGUUAACUGCCUCGAUGUCGAUGAUCAACUGCAUCAUCAUCUAUUCGGACUCAGACAACUUGAUCUUCAGUUCGAGUUGUUUCUGGUUUGUGUGUUUCUUCCCGAUAUUGUUGCUGACAUUCAAGGAAUUUCAGUUCUACAAUAUGAUUUUUCUUGUCAAAUCGAAAUUUGAAAUAAUCAAUGAGGAACUGACUCGAUAUGGCAGUAACAGCCAGUCGCAGCGAGACCGAAUGCCGAAUGAUCUGCUUGAAAUAUUUCCGAAGUCGAAGUGCUCUGAAGAUGAUUUGAAGCAACUUUUGCAUAUUUACGUCAACUUAUCUGAUUGUGUGGACCUGCUGUUGCGGAUUUUCGCUUGGCAUCUGGUUUCAUUAACCAGCGUCUCGUUUGGAGUCAUAACCAUCCAGGGCUACAACUUGUUUGCUGCUCUAAUAGUCCGAGUUCUUCACAUGAGUAGUUAUCACUUGACCGUGACAAUUGGCUGGAUAUUCCUACAAAUUGGAGUUAUUUGUAUCAAUGUUAGUGUUUGCAGUGCAACGGACAGAGCGAUGUCUUUGACGGGGCCGCUGCUGCACAGAAUAACUGCAUCUAACAAUAGCGUCGAUCUUGCAUUUAAUCAAAUAAUUCAGAUAUUCUCUAUGGAAGUGGUGCAGCGAAGGAACAGCUUUACUGCAGCUGGCUUCUUCAAUAUGGACUAUAAGUUGAUAACCUCGAUUAUCGCCGCUGUGACUACAUACUUGUUAAUAAUAAUACAAUUCCACACCAGCAUGGGAAAUCCGAUAGUUCCGAGCGUUUAAAGUCAAUAUAUCAACUAGUCACCAACGCAGCCAGUCCCAAAAUCGCAAUCGCAAUCGAAUUAACCUUACAAACAAUGGCUAAAAUAGUGCCCUGAGAGCGUCAGCUGUUGGGCGUUUUUAUCGUCUAGUGCAGGAAGUGCAUUUUCAAGCAAAUAGCGUACAAUUAAUAUUAGAUAGAAAACAGCCACGAUAAUGUGCUUAUGCGCCAACAUGGCCUAACCAUUUAAUAUUGAACUACUGUAGUACGAAAAUGUCUCGAACUGUUCUGAAUAUAUAACAAUUGUAAACAUGUACACAUGUUGAAAGAAAGUGGGUGAGGAAGGAAAAUAUCAAUUCUAU